AUGGAUGGACUCACCGCCGCGGAACAGCGAGAGCUCGCUACUCGCAUGGAACGGAAGCAACUGAAGGAGUUUAUGACGAUGUACUCCAAGCUCGUCCAGCGCUGCUUCGAUAACUGCGUCAAUGACUUCACCACCAAGUCUCUCAUCUCCCGGGAAGAGGGCUGCGUCAUGCGCUGUGUGGACAAAUACAUGAAGAGCUCCGCCCGCCUGAAUGAACGCUUCCAGGAGCAGAACGCCGCGAUGAUGCAGAGCGGACAGAUGCCUGGCCGCUAA